AAAGCUAAAAUAAAAUUAAGUAUAGUAUAACAUCUAUCUAGUUAAAAGAAAAAUUCAGAAUCCCUAAUUUCCUAUCGACUUUCAAAGAAUCAAAAUCCUAAAAAAAAACCCCAAGAACUCGUUAUCACGACGAGUCGACCGUCGACGCUGCGGCGACCAAUCCUUGAUCGGACCUCGUCUCCGGCUCUGCGAAGUUUCUUCAGCUAAAUAAUCAGUAUCCACCAUUAGCAGCUAUUACAAGCUUCAUCGAGUGAAGCGUACAAGACACACCUUCUUUCUAAACUCGUGUAUCCCUCACUUGAGUCCAAUCCAAUAUCUCUUCUCAUUCGGUGUAGUCACAACCGGAGCUUCCAUUACCGUUGAGCCAUUUCCGUCGAACCCUUCAAAGGUUGAGGCCUGUCUUUUUUUUCUAGGGAGAUAGCCUCACGAAACUUUGGAAUUUCGACCUCGAAUUGAUAAAAAGUAAAUGGCAGAGUUGAGCUUGGGUAUACUUAUUGAUAUUGUUGACGAAGCAUGGAUGGGAGACACUCUUCCUGAUGAUGAUCUUCCAUUACCACCAGUAUUGGUUGUCCGUACUGAUGACACUGAGGAUUCAAAUCAGGAAGCUCGACAAGUUUCUGGGGAUACUUGGCAUGACUUUGCAUUGGGCAAUCAGUGAACUUUUUUUUGGGGUCCAUCUGGUAGUAAGUUGCAAAUAUUUGGUGCUUCUUUCAAUGCAAUUGAACCUGUAUUUGUCUGUUCUUUGAAUAUGAGUACCCCUCAAAUAUGAUCAUUUGGAAGAAUAUAUUGCUAUAUUUCAAACAGGUCUGUUUUUAUGACUAUAUUUUGGAGGAUAUUUCUUGAUGAAAGAAACCUUGUUCUGUGUUGUCUUUUCUAAGUGGUUCACUAUAGGCUCGAUCAAUAGCUGCAUGGGAAAAAAUGCAAUAUAUUAAGAACUCUAAAGCUAAAAUGACUUUAGACGAAGAUGUGUAAUAGGGGUAUUUGUUAAAAUCUAGCUACUGAUUAGCACUUAAGAUUAGUCCUUAAUCAGGAAUGAAAAGUUUAUACUUCGUUUGGUACAUCCUAUUGUAUUGUAUAAUAUUAUAUUAAAUUGUAUUUUGUGUUA